UGUUUUUCUGCUUCGGACUCAGCAGCAGGAAGGGCCCAGGGCUCUAGCUUUCUGAGCUAGGGUCUUUGACCCAGCGCUGUGAUGGACAAGGCCAGGGCGUGGCUACCGGACCUAGGUGUGUCGCGGGAGACACCAGGCGUGCCCCUGGGACAGGAACCCAGAGACCCAGGCCGAAUCCUGCCGCGGGACCCAGCCCAGGAAGCCCGGGAAGCCUCUGACGAGGAAGGCGGUGAGCCUGCGCGUCAGGACUGCCCGCAGCCAAGGGCAGGUGAAGAGGCGGACUCCUCCUCACGUCCCCCUGUGGCCAAGAGACGGAAAGUGGACACCGAGGGCAAGAGAGGCAUGCAACGGGAAGUGGAUGAAGAGGAGGCCCAGAAGAUGAGAACCCUUGUGGCUGCUAUGAGCCAGGAGCAGCUGAACCGUUACCAAGUGUUUCGCCGCUCAGCCUUUCCCAAAGCCACCAUCAAACGUCUGAUCCAGGCCGUGGCCGGCACGCCGGUGUCCCAGAACGUGGUCAUUGCCGUGUCCGGAAUAGCCAAAGUGUUCGUCGGGGAGGUGGUGGAAGAGGCCCUAGACAUGUGUGAGAAGUGGGGCGAGAAGCCCCCACUCCAACCCAAACAUCUGAGGGAGGCUGUUCGCAGACUACGUGAAAAGGGGCAGAUGCCCAGCACCAAGCCCAAGAUCCUCUUCUAGGCUUGAGUCCGGAAGGGCCUCUUCCUGAGCAACCCGGCCCUCCGGCCGACCAGCCUCUUAACCCUCAGGCUUUCUUUCACUGUGUUCCCCAUACUGCAUCCCUGCCCCAUCCCCGAGGCAGCUCCUGCAUCCCGAGGACAUUGCCACCAGGAUGGGACUUCACCAGGAUGGAUCAACUGCCUCAAAGGGGAGAGAAGACAUCCAGCACAACUCGAGCUGUUCCUUUGAAAAGACCAGUAUCAUGCAGAAGCGUCUCUCAU